GAGAAAGAUAAAAAGAAAAUAAAAAGAAAAAUAAAGGCCGGAGGGCACAAAGCUGAAGCCGAAACUGCCUCCCGGAGGAAAUUGUCUCUCUCGUUCGAAGUGGCCUCGGGCGUCACUCUCUCUUCGCAUCAUGGCUUCACCUAAUAAUGAUCAAGAAGAAGACAUCACACAGAGUCACCCUCAGCAGUCGUGGAAUCCGCUCAGACGCUUCGCAUCGUCGACGGACCGCGACCAUGUCCGGUACCAGCCGGCGGCGCAGAGCCAGACGUGGAAUUGGGAGGACAACAACAACAACAACAACAACAACAACAACAACAGUAAUAAUAAUAUUAACAGUCGAGAUGCAACGCCGCGUUGGUCGUCUUCGCCCUGGCUCCAGCUUGAAAGAGGACUGUCCUCGCAGUCAAGCAUCCGAUGCCCGAGCAACAGAGCCGUCCUGCAGAGGCGGCUGUCCUGGGUGCCCAUUACCAUCCUGAUUCUUGCCAUCUACUGCACACUGAUGUCUGGUCUCUUUCUGGCCGUGGCCUUCUGGAAACCGCGGUAUGGGAAGCGCAUCGGGCCCAACGGAGGCGUGGCUGCGUCCACGGCCACCUUGCUCAGUGCCCUGUUCGCGAAGACGGUUGAACUGUCCUAUGUCACGGUCUGUGUCGCGUUCCUGGGACAGGUGCUCAGUCGACGAGCCAUCACGAAAGGCUCGCGCGGUAUCUCGAUAUCAGACAUGAAUAUGCGCGCGUGGAUCAUGCAGCCGGGCUCUCUCAUCGUCCACUGGGAGACGCUCAAGUACUCGGCGCUGACGAUUCUGGGGGUCUUCGCCUUGACGGCUGCGUUGGUAUCCAUGCUUUAUACCACGGCGGCUGAAGCAUUGGUUGCCCCCAAACUCAUGAUGAUGCACGCCGACGUGAAACACCUGGUCGGCACCGUCUCGACGCAAUUCGCCGUACCCUUGUACCUCGAGAAGAGGUGUCAGACGCCCGUCACAACGGACAUGGAUCCUGUUUACAGCGGUCAGACGUGCAUGGAAAUAGAGCAUGUCGGGCAAGCCUACCACAACUACCAGGAAUAUAUCGCUGCGUGGGCGGAGCUGGUGCAUGCAGGCAACGGCACGUCGACCGGACUCGCAUCACGACUGCCACCCAUCGGGGCCAUGUACGACGACACGUCGGUAACGGGGAGCUGGAUCGAUAUCCAGAACAUGACCAAGCUCUCUGCCCAGUACGGCCGACUGGUGAACAACGUCACAGCAGCCUUGCCGCACGGGGGCAUCAUUGCCGCAGCGCAGGAUCCCCGGAACGGCAUCAGACAGCCUGAUGGUCCCUCGGGGAAAGGAAUGUAUCAUCUCGAAGCAUCAGUGCCUUCACCCUCCAUCAACGUGCUCUGCGUGGGCAUGACGGCUGAAGAAUUGUCCCCGUUGGUGUACACGGAAUGGCCCGAUUCGAAAGACUUCAACGCAACGACGUGGAACCUGGGCCCGUCAGAAAAGAUCCCCGUGUAUCCCGACUGGCUCAAUCGCACCGUCGUAGAUGAUAUCUUCGGCUUCGGCGAGAAGUACGGCCAGCGACCACCCGUUUUUGGGAAAUUCCCUCAGCCCUACAACACCAUCCUCAACGGAACGGCGUUAUAUGGCGCCAACGCUCUGUACAUCCUCGCUGCACCACCUACCAACGUCACGAAUCCAGAGUACGUCCUGUGCGCACUCAAGGCGAAACAGACAGGCGUCUGUUCGACACGCUACUCCGCCGCAGCCAGCGGAGCGACUCUCUCGACGCACUGCAACAGUCCAGCCAACAAGCUCCAAUACAACCGCGUAAACGCCAAAAUGAUCGAAGGCAUCUGGCAACCAGACUGGAAGAACGUCGCGACCCUCUGGGCCGAAGCACUGAGUCUAGGAGCAGGCAUUACAGACGGCCAAUCCAGCAACGCGCGUCUCCUCACACAAAUGACACCUGCAUCCGACUCCAAAGCAGACAACAACUUCUCGCUAGACCCCAAACUGCCCUCCAUCGCCGAAGCGCUAGCCGCGAUGGCCAGUAGCACCUUGAUCCUCAGCUCGCAGGGGGCCCCCUUCGUCCCGUUCUUCAACUACACGCCCAACAAAGACGGCUACCUCGACCAGCCCGUCACGCAGAGCUUCCCUGCCCGCGUGUCAGAAAUGGAUUAUGCUUCCGGUCCCUCGGAACCAUGGCAAUGCGUCUUCUACGCCGUUCUCGUCGCCGCCUUCAUCACCAGCGCCAUCUGUCUAGUCUUCAUCCUCAUCGAAAUCAAGGGGAGACAGGUCACGGAUUUCACCGAACCGGCGAAUCUCUUCACGUUGGCUGUGAAUAGUCCGCCCAGUGGUCGACUCAGAGGCGCAUGCGGUGCUGGGCCGAGUGGCGCCCAGCUUAGUGAACGGUGGUACGUCGGCAUGGAGGAGGAUCAUGAACAUUACUUCAUCCAGACCAAGGCGGAAGAGCACCUUAUCGUUGUUGGUCAGCGAUCGUCGGGUGUCUCAUUGACGACGUCGGCGGCGUCGUCUCCGCAUCUACAUCGUGGUAGUCGCAGUAGCAGCGGCCUUGUAUCCGUGGAGACGGUUGAUGUGGAUGAUUCCGUUCCGUUGAAGUCGAAGCCUAGUCCGCGGGUGAAUGAGUAUCGGGUUCUUUCGUCGCCGAGAGGGCUAUUUUCGAAGCUGUAUUGAGUAUAGAUUUGUACUACUGUUAUAUAUGGAAGACAUGAUUGAUGUACAGAGA